CGAUGCCUUUCUCUAUGAGCAUCAUUGCGUGAGUUGAUAAAAAGCUAUCCCCUGCUAAACCUCUCAGUUCAUUUGUUUCUUCAGCUCAAGUUUCAAACAUGCUACUUUCUGUCCAAUGGAUUGGUCUGGCUGUCAUACUUUCAUGUCUUCUAAUGGGUGGACAAGUGUGGUGUGAUUGUACAGAGGACAAUGUGCAAAUAGAGGGGGGUUAUUACAAUCUGACCAAGGGACUGAAGACAGGCAGCCUGCUGAUCUACCACUGUCCCGAGGGUUACUUUCCAUACCCCGCCCAGAAGCGUGAAUGCCAGUUCGAUGACAGCUGGAGCCAAGACUCCACAAGUUCUGCUUCUCAGAAAUGCAGGAUGGUGGAAUGCCCGGACCCCCAUGUCCUGAUGCAUGGAAUCGUCUCCCCCCCUCAGGACAGAUACUUUGUUGACAAUGAGACUACAUAUGAGUGCUACUCUGGAUACACAAUGCGAGGCUCUUCCAGGAGAGUCUGCUUUCCAAAUGGCAAGUGGAGUGGAUCCACUCCAAUUUGCAGCCGAGACUCAGGAAACGAUUGUGCUGAUCCCGGCAUCCCAGCUGGCGCCUAUAGAAGGGGGAAUUCAUUCCGAAUUGACGACAAAGUGAAAUACAGCUGCAAGAGCGGUCUGUUUCUAGUGGGCUCCAGCGAGAGAACGUGCCUGGAGAACGGCCAGUGGACUGGCACAGAGCCAGCGUGCUACUACAAAUACACCUACGAUACUCCACUGGAGGUUUCAGAGGCCUUUGGUGGUGCACUCAAAGCCAGCCUCACCACUUUGGAGCCGGCUGAUGAUACACAGGAGGGAAGAAAAAUCAAAAUAUCAAAAACUGACAAGCUCAACAUCUACAUUGCGGUGGAUAUUUCUGAGAGUAUUGAAGAACAACAUUUCAUUGAUGCCAGAGAUGCUGUCAUCCAACUCAUCGCCAAGAUUUCAUCUUUUUCCGUGACUCCAAAUUAUGAGAUCCUGUUUUUCUCUUCUAAUGUGUACGAAGUUGUCAACAUUGUUGAUUUUUUGGAUGGCAAGGCCCAACUGAGCACAGUGAAGACUGAUCUGGAAAAUUUUAAAAUCGACAACAGAGACACCGCCGGAACAAACCUCAAUCUCGUAUUUAUGACCAUCUUGGAGCGCAUGGCAUUUAUAAAGCAACGGACAGGGGAGGAUGGCUUUAAGGAGCACCGUCACGCAAUUAUUCUUUUUACAGAUGGUGCUUACAACAUGGGUGGUACACCUGAGCCUACGGUGCAGAAAAUAAAGAACAUGGUCUACAUGGACCAUACUGCUGAGAACCAAAAACCAUUAAGAGAAGACUACCUGGACAUUUAUAUUUUUGCCAUUGGCGCCCAGAUCUUCGAUGAUGACUUAAUUCCUCUUGCCGUGGGGACGGGUGGGGACCAUUACUUCAGGAUGAGUGAUAUUCGUAGUUUGCAGAAGACGUUUGAUGAUAUUAUUGAUGAAGAAGAAGUAAAAGGUUUAUGUGGUCUUCACAAGGGAUACAGGACCAGAGAUAGAAGGGAAAACUAUCCAUGGGUGGUAUUUAUUGUCAUUCAGAACGAGGGAAGAGUCAUGAAAUGUCUGGGCUCUCUGGUGACGCCAAAAUUUGUUCUGACCGCCGCUCACUGCUUCACUUUUGGGGAUCUACCUCGGCAUGUCACAGUUGACAUUAACGAUCAGAACGGCAGAAGAACCAAAAAGGUCAAGAACUUCUUUCCGCACCCAAAAUUCAACGUCAAGGCUAAAGUAAGUGAGGGUGUGGAAGAGUUCUAUGACUACGAUGUGGCUCUCAUUCAGCUGGUGGACUAUGUGAAAAUCUCCUCGUUCGCCAGACCUAUUUGCAUACCUUGUACCCAGGAGACCAGUGAUGCUCUCAAACUGGUGGGUGAAUCCACCUGCAAGAAACAAGAACAGCUCCUGUUAAAAGAUCAUCUUGAGAGGCUGACUUUCCUGACACGGACCGACAACUUGGUCGAUGAUAAAGACGUACAUGCUAAACUUGGCGAUAAUAGGGAUGAAUGCAUUGCACAUGCAUUGGAGGCGCCGGGCAUUACCACAAAAGACCCCAAAGUUCCUGUGACUGACAACUUCCUGUGCACCGGUGGUCUGACUCCCUUCAGAGAUCAUAUAGCAUGUACAGGUGACUCCGGAGGAGCUGUGUUCAAAAACUUUGAACAUCGCACCGUGCAGAUUGCAGUUGUCAGCUGGGGUAGUCAAAAUCUGUGCAAAGGCGGCGGUGUCGUCGAGUCUACAAAGAAGUCCAGAGACUUCCACCUCAACCUCUUCAGUGUUGUACCUUUCCUUAAAUCCAUCCUUGGAAACGACCAACAGGAUGACUAUGCACCGCUGGAGUUCUUGAAGAACUAAAUGCCUGUAUAAUAAAUGGAAUAUGCUAUGUUCAUCAAACAAAACACCUUUGCAUGUAUUUUUUAUGCUGAUGUAAACACUGUGGCAGAAAAAAAGGAUUAAAGUGAAAUUGUUGUUUUUGA